GCGGCCAGGGCUGGGCCUGGAUGUCCCCUCCUGGCUGGUGGCACAGGGUCCUGGUAGUCCUGUGGCUUCCACGCCUGGGGCUGCCGAGAGCAUGGGACCAUCCCGAGCGCAUGGGACGGUGCUGGGAUGAACGGGACCGGGGCUCCCGGCUGCUGCACAUGGGGAGCUCCGGGUGCUCUGGGGCUCUGGCCAUGGGGCACAGCGGGGCCGUGGAGGAUCCCUCAGUGGUGGCACCUUGGCCCUGGGACCUUCUGCUGUCACCGGGGGCCUGCGGGGAGCCUGGGGAUGCAGCAGGGCUCAUUAGCACCGGUGACCUUCCCCUUCCCGUCCCCGGCCAGCGCUAAGCGGGUUUGUUACAUAUUUAAUAUCCUGAGAGCGUUAUUAGUCGGUAUUUAAUGACGGAUACAACCUGUGGGAUAAUCCCAGUCUGAGCGGGGCGGCGCAGCGGCAGGAGACGGGCGGCUUGGGGGGUUGCGGGCUCUCGGGGCCCCUCGCCCAGCUGCCCACCGCUGCCCUGCCCGCUGUCCCCCCCUCCGCCAGCAGGCAGGAACACCCUGGUGCCUGCGGGGAAGGGUCCCCACCCCGGCAAAGGGUCCCCAGGGCUGCGGGACCCCUUCCCCUUCACUCCUCUGCAGCUGGGAAUCCGGCCGUGGGCAUGGCGGCACUGGGGCUUGGGUGAAGACCUGGCCAAGCUGGAGGAGGAGCGGGCUCCGGGGCAGCACCUCGCGCUGCCCGCAUCCUACUGGGCCGUGCACAAGUCCUCACGCCUGCCCCCGGCCCUCCAACCCGGCCCACCGCGGCAUGGAGGGGGGCUCUGCUGACACCUGCUCCCAGCACAGGUCAUGGCUGGCGUCAAGGACGGGGACCAAUGGCUCUUGGCACCGCAGCAGAGCCUGUGCUGUGUCCCAUGUGCAUCCCUGCGCGUGCUGCUUCCCCAUGGCCGUGUGGGGCUUACGUGGGCCCCGUUGCACCCCAUCCCUGGGGACUGUAUGGGCUGCGCUGGGGCCACACAGUGUUCCUGGUGUGGCUCCUGGACACGUCCUGGCUGGUGGCCGGCGGUCAGGGAGGGAGGAUGCUCCCCGCCAGUCCCUGUCCAACAGUGGCCGGGGAGGGGUCGGUAUCGGCUGCCCCAGAUCCCCGCUGCCGCUCUCGUGGGUGCUAAUACCCCCUAAUCAGCUGUCAGUCACCGCGGACCCCGGCAGCUAUAAAACACCCGGGAGCAGCUCCCCAGCUCCUCUCCCUGCAGCAUGGCAGCUCCUCGGGGCGAGGGGAGCCCAGGCAGAGAGCCGGGGGGCUGUGGGGGGCCCUGGGGAGCCCUGCGGGGUCCCCCCCAAGCCCUGCUGCCCUGUCCCUGCCCCAUGCUGGCCGGCUACAGCCUGCUGCCGCCCUCCCUGAGCCUCCUGGCGCCCUCGGUAAGUGCCACACAGCAGCUCCCGGGGGGACGGGACGUGGGACCCCUCCUGGGACCAGGCUGGGGCUGAGUGGGAUGGCUGGGGUUGGGGAGUUGCUGUGCUGGGUUCCCUGCACCCCCCGACACCCUCCUGCCCCCUGGCACCUUGGGGGGCACAAUGCCAGGCACAGGCGAGGGCGAGGACGGGCAGGACCCAGCUCUGCUCCCUCCCGUGUGCGAAGGGCCGAACACCCACAUGCCCCCUCCCCCGGCCACUGUUGCCCCCCAGUCCAUCCUGCCCUGACACCCCUCUACCCCCUCCAGGUCUCACCAGCCUACGAGGUGCCCCCGGGGCUGCUGCCCAGCGCUGGGCUCUGCCCGCCCUGCUGCCGGCAGCCCCUUCCCGUGGAGCCGGGGCGGGCGAAGGUGGCAGCGGCACGGGAGAGCACCGGGGCGCUGAAGGCCUGGCUGGCGCGGCACCCCAGGAACCCCUACCCCAGCAAGGGGGAGAAGGUGAUGCUGGCCGUGGUCAGCCGCAUGAGCCUCACCCAGGUCUCCACCUGGUUCGCCAACGCCCGCCGGCGCCUCAAGAAGGAGAACAAGGCGAGCUGGGCACCGCACGGCGCCUCGGACAGCGAGGACAGCGAGGGUGAGGGGGCUACACCAGCUGCCCCCCCCGGCCCUGACCCCAGCCCUGUGCAGGAUGGGUGCGGGUACAGCCCCGAGGUGGGGCCAGGCCCCGGGCAAGGCAAGCAGCCCCAGAAAGCCAAGAUCUGGAGCGUGGCAGCGAUGCUGGCAUCUCCCCCCGGCGAGAGCAGGUGCCCCCCGGGGGUGGCAGAGCAGGGGUAGG